AGGCAGAUUUAGCUCUUUCAUAAUGCAUGUUUAAUCGAGUAAAUCAUAAACGUCCACUGUGCUUCUAGUAGGCUAAUUUACUCAAAAUGGAAAGAAACUAACCAUAUAAAUUGGUUUUAUGUAUGAACAAACUACUUAGUAUCUAGCUGUAUCAGAACUGUUCAGGAUGAAAGUGACAAAAGAUCCAAGUUUAAAUUAAUGUUUAGAUGAAAUAUCUACAUAAAAGAUAGAUGCAAGAGAGAACCGAUAUGAUACCAUAUAUGGCAUAUUGUACCUGAAUCCUGAAUUGAUAAUAAAAUUAUGGCAGACAAUAAUAAACCAGAUCUUCCUAAAGGUUUAAUUGGUAGAAAGGGUGCAACACCUGGAAAAGCUGCUAGGUUACCAUCUCUGAAAGGACCAAGGGAUUUAACACUUGGUGGUGUUCCAAAGAAAGUGUUUACACCAAAUAUUCCGGCUAGAAGGGAUAAACCAAAGGAAGAAGCAACAACUAAUAAACAAGUGAAACAGCAAGCAGGACAUUCCAGAAAUCGCAGUAAUGAAAGAGGACGAGGGAGAGGCAGAGGCCGCACUAGAGAAAAUACACUAGUUCAGUCUCAUUCAAUUUUUGAACAAGGCCCAGCGCAAAAGCUUCCUGGACACAGAGCAUCUUCAAGUAGAAAUGAUGGUGAUCGAGCAUCUUCAUCUAAGAUGAGUGUUAAGAGAGAAAAGAAAGAGCCAGGAGCUGUAAAGAAAAUUUUAGAUGAUUUAUUACGUGAUGAUUUUAUUGAUGAUGGGACAAAGGAAGAUGAAGAUAUGGCCCCGGUUGUUUUACCAUUGGCAUCUAAAAUCAAAAGUGAGAUUAAGACAGAAAUUCAAACAGAUAUUAAAACAGAACCUAUAGAUCAAGAUGAAGACUCGAAAGAUAUUGAAAUGGUUGAUGUGGAAAAAAACAAAGGUUCUGCCAUUAAUUCAAACAAAGUUAAGAAAGUACAGGAGACUGUCACUGAUGAUAUAUCUUGUGAAGAUUUCUUUACAAAAUGCGGAAAAACUGAGAAUGGUGAAUUAAUUUUCCUUCAGUUGCCUGAUACACUUCCAGGGUUACCUCCAGCAAGAGAAGAAGAGAGUAGUAAACCAUCCAAAGUUAAGGCAGAAGAUGCAAAAGAUCCUGGUAAAAAAGAAGAGGAUGGUCUACUAAAUAAACUAUCCACAUGCUGCCUUUCUGAUUUUUCGGAAGGCUAUAUUGGCAAAAUUCAGAUAAGAAAAUCUGGAAAAGCUGAGUUACUUCUGGGAAACGUCAAAUUGGAUGUUGCUAUUGGUACCCCAAGUGGUUUUUUACAGGAUGUGGUCUCUGUGAAAGUAGCAGAUGAGACUGGUCAUAUGGCAGUAUUGGGACAAGUAAAACAGCGACUUAUAUGCACUCCUAAUUUUGAAUCCUUAUUGGACUGCACAUGAUUUUGAAAUGAAUAAAUGUUUCGUUUUCUCUUGUA